UAGCUGACAGGCUGACACCGCGACAGCUGGGCUGCACGGAAUUUUCGAUCGCUUCCUGAUACUUAAAUCGAGGGAUCGCCGCUGUCCUGGCUGACCCUGCGUGCCUGCCAUCUGCAACUUGAGUCCACCAACCCUCAUCUUCAUUGCCAGUCCCAUUCCUCCUCUUGUGCAAAACAUCCCAGCCAGAGGAUCUUUUACAAUGGCGGACUUUGGCCCUCGUGCUCCUCACGGGCCCGACAUGAGCGGCAAGCAGGACUUCCCCGAGAUGAACCCCAGCGAGAAGGAGGGCUUCGACCGCCUCCUCCGCCCCGACGACAGCUACACCCCCGAGGGUGUCUACUGGGCCGAUCUGCCUAUCGGACAGCGGAUCAAGUUCGUCUCCUCGAUCGAAUCCAAGGAGCGUGCCCGCGAGUGGUCAGCCCUCUGGGCCGAGAUUAAGGCGGAUCCCCUUUCCCCUAUCAUGGGCUACAUCCGCAAUACCAUUAUCCCCGGUGCUGGUAUCGGUCUCGAAGGUUACGUCCUCCUCUCCAUCGGAAACAUCUCCACCCUCUUCCAACAAUCCUUCACGGCGUGCUGGGACAAGUACGAGAUCUGUAACAAGCAGUGGAUCAACGCCAUCACCUACCUCGAAAUCAUUGGUAUCAUCAUCGGACAGGUUCUCGUCGGUGUCAUUGGUGACUGGGUCGGCCGUCGCUACGGUCUGCUCCAGGAUGCCUGGAUCAUGUUCCUCGGGUUGGUCAUGCUGACCUGUGCCUGGGGUGUCACCCAAAACGGCUGGGUGAUUUGCUAUGCCUGGUCGCUCUUCAUCUACGGCAUUGGUGUCGGUGGUGAGUACCCCAUGACUGCCACUAGCGGUAUGGAGAACGCAGUUGGCUCCGGCAAGCUGUCCACCCGGGAGGAUCGUCUUCACCGUGGCUCCAAGGUUGUCGGCGUCUUCUCCAUGCAGGGCUGGGGUCAGGUCCUCAACCAGGGCCUCCUCAUGAUCUUGCUGCUCAUCUUCAACGCCGGUAGCGGACACGAGCCCAUCAGCGAGACCAACGCCCAGUGGACCUACCGUAUCUCCUUUGUCAUCCCCAUGAUCGGUACCUUCUGGCUCAUCUACUACCGUGCCUACCACAUGAAGGCGGCCAGUAAGCAGCUCGCGGCCACCAAGAAGCGGGCCUCGGUCACUGGUUACGACACCGAGUCUCUCCGCCUGACGUUCAAGUACUUCACCCCUCGUAUCCUCGCCACCGCAGGUGGAUGGUUCGCCAACGACGUUUUCUUCUACGGUGCCAAGCUCUUCUCCGGCGAUUUCAUCAAGGUCAUCAGCCCCGGCACCAAGGACAUCUUUGUCACCUGGCAGUGGAGUUUCAUCAACUGUGUCGUGACCCUGUCCGGCUAUUAUGCCGCCAUCAUCUUCGUGGACAACAAGCUCUAUGGCCGCAAGUGGAUGCAGAUCAUGGGCUUCUUGCUCUGCUUCAUCGUCUACGUGGUGCCGGCGUUCCACUACAAGUACUACACCGAGGCCGCCCACAUCCACUCCUUCCAGGCCAUGUACUUCUUGGGCAGUUUCUUCAACCAGUUCGGCCCCAACUGCGUCACCUUCCUGGUCGCGGGUGAGGUCUUCCCCACUCCCAUCCGUGCCACUGCCCACGGUAUCUCGGCUGCCUGUGGUAAGCUGGGAGCCCUGUUGGCCGGUAUCCUCUUCAACUACAUCGACACCCAGACCAAGUUCUACUUCGUGCCCUGGUGGGGUCUGUUCGGCAUGGCCCUGACCUACCUCUUCCUCCCCGACACCACGGGUCUCGACCUCAAGGAGCAGGAGCGCCGCUGGCGCUUCAUCCGCGAGGGCCGUGAGCACGAGUACCACGGUGUGGCCGUCAACCCCAAGCACUUGUCGGUGUGGGAACGCUUCCGUGGCGCGGGCAAGUACUACGACCCGGAGCUGGACUACCAGCAGCGCAUCGAGGAGUACCGCGCGGAGUGGGAGAACAUCAUGGCGCGCCGCAGCGAGGAGACUAAGGCCGCCGACGACGACGUCGACUUGGCCCUGGUGGAGGAUGACCUCCUCGAGGGUUCGGUGCACAACUACUUCCACCGCACCAGCUCCCUGACUAAGGACCGGAGCGUGGAGAAGGUCACCGAGGCGGAGCCCUUGAACUAAAACACUGCACUUGAUUGCGCACCUGCCCGAUCGGCAUGAAAAGGUGAUACCCAUACCCAUUAUA